AUGUUCGCGGGCACGCCCAGCGUUCCCGGCACCCCAGUACACAGCAUCCAGACGAUGAGGAGGAAGGCUGCAGGCCACAGCGGUCCUCUCACAAAGAUCCUCGUCGCGAAUCGUGGUUCCGAUGAAGCCUACCAAGUCGGCAAAGGCCUCACCCCCGUCGGCGCCUACCUCGCUCAAGACGAAAUCAUCAAAAUCGCCCUCGAACACGGCGUCGACAUGAUCCAUCCCGGUUAUGGUUUCCUGUCCGAAAAUGCCGAAUUUGCUCGAAAGGUCGAGCAAGCUGGUAUUGCCUUUGUCGGACCGGCUCCCGAAGUCAUCGACGAGCUAGGAGACAAGACAAAGGCACGAACACUGGCCACGCGGGUCGGUGUCCCUGUCGUCCCUGGUACCCCAGGACCUGUCGCCUCUUACUCGGAGGGAGAGGCCUUCAUCAAGGAAUAUGGUUUCCCAGUUAUCAUCAAGGCUGCCAUGGGUGGCGGAGGUCGUGGUAUGCGAGUCGUUCGUGAGCAAUCAGAUUUCAAGGCCGCUUUUGAGCGAGCCGUCAGUGAAGCCAAGGCGGCAUUUGGCGAUGGAACCGUCUUCAUCGAACGUUUCUUGGAACGACCCCGCCACAUCGAAGUCCAGAUUCUCGCUGAUGCUGUCGGAAACACUAUCCACCUUUUCGAGCGUGACUGCUCCGUCCAGCGAAGACAUCAAAAGGUUGUCGAAGUUGCCCCAGCGACCCACUUACCUGAGGAAGUUCGUCAAGCUAUCUUGUCCGAUGCUAUCAAGCUUGCGAAGAGCGUUGGGUACCGCAAUGCUGGUACUGCGGAGUUCUUGGUCGACCAAAUGGGCCGACAUUACUUCAUUGAAAUUAACCCUCGUAUUCAAGUCGAGCACACUAUCACUGAGGAGAUCACUGGCAUCGACAUUGUCGCUGCUCAAAUCCAAAUCGCUGCUGGUGCAACUCUUCCUCAGCUCGGUUUGACUCAAGACGCAAUCACGAAGCGUGGCUUCGCAAUUCAGUGCCGUGUCACCACUGAAGAUGCCGCCGCUUCCUUCCAGCCGGACACUGGCAAGAUCGAGGUCUAUCGCAGUGCUGGUGGUAACGGUGUGCGAUUGGACGCUAGCUCCGGUUUCGCUGGUGCUCAGAUCACGCCUCAUUAUGACAGCUUGCUCGUCAAGGUCACUGUCAGCGGAACCACUUACGAAGUCGCUCGCCGCAAGAUGUUGCGUGCUCUGGUCGAGUUCCGCAUCCGUGGUGUCAAGACCAACAUUCCCUUCCUGUUCCGACUCCUUACCCACGAUACCUUCAUCCAAGGAAAGACUUGGACCACUUUCAUCGACGAUACCCCUGAUCUCUUCAAGCUCGUCCAGAGCCAGAACCGUGCUCAGAAACUCCUUGCCUACCUUGGUGACCUCGCUGUGAACGGCAGCUCCAUCAAGGGUCAAGUUGGCGAGCCUGGUCUCAAGACGGAAGUCCAGAUUCCUAAAUUGGCAAACAGGGAAGAUCCCAACGGUCCUCCUCUCGACACCUCCGUUCCUUGCACUGUCGGCUGGCGUAACAUCAUCGUCGAGCAUGGUCCUGAAGCCUUCGCCAAGGCUGUCCGAGAGUACCCUGGUACCCUCAUCAUGGACACCACCUGGCGUGAUGCCCACCAAUCUCUUCUUGCCACCCGUCUCCGAACUGCUGAGAUGGUCAACAUCGCGAAGGAGACCAGCUGGGCCUUGGCCAACGCUUACAGUCUUGAGUGCUGGGGUGGUGCUACCUUUGAUGUUGCUAUGCGCUUCUUGUACGAAGAUCCUUGGGAGCGUCUCCGCACUCUUCGUAAACUCGUUCCCAACAUUCCUUUCCAAGCUCUUGUCCGUGGUGCCAACGGUGUUGGUUACACUAGCUACCCUGACAACGCCAUCUACGACUUCUCCAAGAAGGCCGUCGAGAACGGUCUCGAUAUCUUCCGUGUCUUCGAUUCGCUCAACUACUUUGAGAACAUGAGGCUCGGUAUUGAUGCCGCCAAGAAGGCCGGUGGUGUCGUCGAGGCUGUCGUUUGCUACAGCGGUGACGUUGCCAGCCCCAAGGAGACCAAGUACACUCUCCAAUACUACCUCGACUUCGUCGCUCAGCUCGUCAAGGAGGGCAUCCACGUCUUGGGUAUCAAGGAUAUGGCUGGUUUGUUGAAGCCUGAGGCUGCCAAGCUUUUGAUUGGCGCUAUCCGAAAGGCCUACCCCGACCUCCCUAUCCAUGUCCACUCCCACGACACUGCUGGUAUCGCUACUGCCAGUAUGCUCGCUGCCGCAGCUGCUGGUGCUGAUGUUAUCGACGUUGCCAUUGACAGCAUGUCUGGUACGACUUCCCAGCCUUCUAUGGGUGCUAUUUGCAUGGCUCUUGAGCAAACUUCCCUUGGCACUGGUAUCCGCUAUGACGACAUCCAGGCUCUCAACAACUACUGGAGCCAGGUCCGCAUGCUCUACAGCUGCUUCGACGCCAACGUCCGCGCUUCCGACUCUAGUGUUUUCGACCAUGAGAUGCCUGGAGGUCAAUACACUAACCUCAUGUUCCAAGCCUCUCAACUCGGUCUCGGGGAGCAAUGGAAUGUCGUCAAGCAGAAGUACAUCGAAGCCAAUAAACUUUGCGGUAACAUCAUCAAGGUCACUCCCUCUUCAAAGGUCGUCGGAGACUUCGCCCAAUGGAUGACUUCCAACAACUUCACUGCUGAGGAUGUCCUCGAGCGUGCUGAUCAACUCGACUUCCCCUCAUCCGUCGUUGAGUUCUUCCAGGGCUAUCUCGGACAGCCCGUCGGUGGUUUCCCAGAGCCUCUCCGAACCAAGAUCAUCCGUGACAAGCCCAGGAUCGACACUCGUCCAGGUGCCGUCAUGGAGCCACUCGACUUCAAGAAGAUCAAGCAGGAAUUGCGAAGCCGAUUUGGCAAGCACAUUACCGACACUGAUGUCACCUCUUAUGUGAUGUAUCCCAAGGUCUUCGAAGAGUACCAGAGCUUCCUCGAGAAGUACGGUGACUUGAGUGUCGUCCCCACGCGCUUCUUCCUCGCUAGACCCGAUGUUGGAGAGGAGAUGCAUAUCGAGAUUGAAAAGGGCAAGACCCUUAUUAUCCGCCUCAUGGCCAUCGGCCCCAUUGUUGAAGGUCGGGCACAGCGUGACGUUUGGUUCGAGGUGAACGGAGAGGUUCGCGCUGUUUCAGUGGAGGAUAAAAACUCCGCCGUUGAGACUAUCUCACGAGAGAAGGCAACGUCUGACCCUGGCUCGGUUGGCGCGCCCAUGUCGGGUGUUGUUGUCGAAGUGCGCGUGAAGGAGGGCCAGGAGAUCAAGAAGGGUGACCCCGUUUGCGUCUUGAGCGCCAUGAAGAUGGAGUCCGCUGUGACGGCGCCUGUUUCUGGCCAUGUCAAGCGUAUUCUGGUCCAGGAGGGCGAUUCUAUCAACCAGGGCGACUUGGUGGUGGAAAUUGUGCAUUAAAGUUAUUCAGUGUAAUAGAAGCUAAAGGGGAACCGUGCAAGGACGCUACUUUUCAUCGUCGUUUCAAGGGAUGUAUCAAUUCAAGUGUAAAGUGUUUCCGUUUAUUACUAUCUCAAAAUAAAUUCUCUAUUGCCUCG